GGCUCAGGCCGACCAUUGUUCUAUUUCUGUGCCUGUGGGCCAUGCUGUUGUUGAUUCAUAUGCAAAUGCAUUAUCACUAGCUUUAGCCAACUUGAGCUGAGAGAGACCAGAGAGGGGGAAGAGACACACACAAACAGAUAGGAGAAGGGCACCGGCUGAAGCCACUUGCAGGACUGACUGACGGUUCUCACAACGAAACUCUAGCAGCCUGAGGAACUAAAAGCCAGGUUUAAUUGGUUUCUUUUUCUCGUGGGUAGAGUUAAUAUUUUUCUACUUAUUUUGACAAAGCAAUAACCCCGAAGCACAUUCCUAGUUCCCACCUGCUUUUAGUUUCCGGUGUAGCCUAAACUCCAGAGAGCCUUAGCAUCCACUCGGUCCUUUCUGCUUUGUACACAGAUGGGGUGGCUGGACGAGAGCAGCUCUUGGCUCAGCAGAGAAUGCACAGUAUGAUCAGCUCAGUUGAUGUAAAAUCAGAGGUUCCUGUGGGCCUGGAGCCCAUCUCGCCUUUAGACCUAAGGACAGACCUCAGGAUGAUGAUGCCUGUGGUGGACCCUGUAGUCCGUGAGAAGCAACUUCAGCAGGAGUUACUCCUCAUCCAGCAACAGCAGCAAAUCCAGAAGCAGCUCUUGAUCGCAGAGUUUCAGAAACAGCAUGAGAACUUGACACGGCAGCACCAGGCUCAGCUUCAGGAGCACAUCAAGUUGCAACAGGAACUUCUAGCCAUAAAACAGCAACAAGAACUGCUAGAAAAGGAGCAGAAACUGGAGCAGCAGAGGCAAGAACAGGAAGUAGAGAGGCAUCGCAGAGAACAGCAGCUUCCUCCUCUCAGAGGCAAAGAUAGAGGACGAGAAAGUAAGAGGCACCAGGGGGCAGUGGCAAGUACAGAAGUAAAGCAGAAGCUUCAAGAAUUCCUGUUGAGUAAAUCAGCAACAAAAGACACUCCAACUAAUGGAAAAAAUCAUUCCGUGAGCCGCCAUCCCAAGCUCUGGUACACGGCUGCCCACCACACGUCAUUGGAUCAAAGCUCUCCACCCUUGAGUGGAACGUCUCCAUCCUACAAAUACACAUUACCAGGAGCACAAGAUGCAAAGGACGAUUUCCCUCUUCGAAAAACUGCCUCUGAGCCCAACUUGAAGGUGCGGUCCAGGUUAAAACAGAAAGUGGCAGAGAGGAGAAGCAGCCCCUUACUCAGGCGGAAGGAUGGAAAUGUUGUCACUUCAUUCAAGAAGCGAAUGUUUGAGGUGACAGAAUCCUCAGUCAGUAGCAGUUCUCCAGGGUCUGGUCCCAGUUCACCAAACAAUGGGCCAACUGGUAAUGUUACUGAAAAUGAGACUUCGGUUUUGCCCCCUACUCCUCAGGCUGAGAAAAUGGUUUCACAGCAACGCAUUCUAAUUCACGAAGAUUCCAUGAACCUGCUCAGUCUUUAUACCUCUCCCUCUUUGCCCAACAUUACCCUGGGACUUCCAGCAGUGCCAGCCCAGCUGAAUGCUUCAAAUUCGCUCAAAGAAAAACAGAAGUGUGAGACCCAGACACUCAGGCAAGGCGUUCCUCUGCCUGGGCAGUAUGGGGGCAGCAUCCCGGCAUCUUCAAGCCAUCCCCAUGUCACUUUGGAGGGAAAGCCCAACAGCAGCCACCAAGCUCUCCUGCAGCAUUUAUUAUUGAAAGAACAGAUGCGACAGCAAAAGCUUCUUGUGGCUGGUGGAGUUCCCUUACAUCCUCAGUCUCCUUUGGCAACGAAAGAGAGAAUUUCACCUGGCAUUAGAGGUACCCACAAAUUACCCCGUCACAGACCCUUGAAUCGAACCCAGUCUGCACCUUUGCCUCAGAGCACAUUGGCUCAGCUGGUCAUUCAGCAGCAACACCAGCAAUUCUUGGAGAAGCAGAAGCAAUACCAGCAGCAGAUCCACAUGAACAAGCAGCCCUUCCCGGAGCCGCAGCACGCACGUGCGCUCUCGGUGCACCCAGCUCAGCUGGCUGCGGAUGGCAUGGACGGAUUAGAGAAGCAUCGUCUUGUCUCCAGGACUCAUUCCUCCCCUGCUGCCUCCAUUUUACCUCACCCAGCAAUGGACUGCCACCUCCUGCCUGGCUCUGCAACUGGAAUUGCCUAUGAUCCUCUGAUGCUGAAACACCAGUGCAUUUGUGGCAAUUCCACCACCCACCCUGAGCACGCUGGACGCAUACAGAGCAUCUGGUCACGGCUGCAAGAAACUGGGUUGCUAAAUAAAUGUGAGCGAAUUCAAGGUCGAAAAGCCAGCCUGGAGGAAAUACAGCUUGUUCAUUCUGAACAUCACUCGCUGUUGUAUGGCACCAACCCCCUGGAUGGACAGAAGCUGGACCCCAGGACACUACUAGGUGACUCUUCUCAAAAGUUUUUUUCUUCAUUACCUUGUGGUGGACUUGGGGUGGACAGUGACACCAUUUGGAAUGAGCUGCACUCGUCCGGUGCUGCACGCAUGGCUGUUGGCUGUGUCAUCGAGCUGGCUUCCAAAGUGGCCUCAGGAGAGCUGAAGAAUGGAUUUGCUGUUGUGAGGCCCCCAGGCCAUCACGCUGAAGAAUCCACGGCCAUGGGGUUCUGCUUUUUUAAUUCAGUUGCAAUUACCGCCAAAUACUUGAGAGACCAACUAAAUAUAAGCAAGAUAUUGAUUGUAGAUCUGGAUGUUCACCAUGGAAAUGGUACACAGCAGGCCUUUUAUGCUGACCCCAGCAUCCUGUAUAUUUCACUCCAUCGCUAUGAUGAAGGGAACUUUUUCCCUGGCAGUGGAGCCCCAAAUGAGGUUGGAACAGGCCUUGGUGAAGGAUACAAUAUAAAUAUUGCCUGGACAGGUGGCCUUGAUCCCCCCAUGGGAGAUACUGAGUACCUUGAAGCGUUCAGGACUAUAGUGAAGCCUGUGGCCAAAGAGUUUGAUCCGGACAUUGUCCUGGUUUCUGCUGGAUUUGAUGCAUUAGAAGGCCACGCCCCUCCUCUGGGGGGCUACAAAGUGACAGCAAAAUGCUUUGGUCAUUUGACGAAGCAAUUGAUGACACUGGCUGAUGGACAUGUGGUGUUGGCUCUAGAAGGAGGACAUGAUCUCACAGCCAUCUGCGAUGCAUCAGAAGCCUGUGUAAAUGCCCUUCUAGGAAAUGAGCUGGAACCACUUGCAGAAGAUAUUCUCCAACAAACUCCGAAUAUGAAUGCUGUUAUUUCUUUACAGAAGAUCAUUGAAAUUCAAAGCAAGUACUGGAAGUCGGUAAGGACGGUGAGUGUGCCGAGGGGCUGCGCUCUGGCUGGGGCGCAGUUGCAAGAGGAGACGGAGACCGUUUCUGCCCUGGCCUCCCUGACAGUGGAUGUGGAACAGCCCUUUGCUCGAGAAGACAACAGAACUGCUGGCGAGCCUAUGGAAGAGGAGCCAGCCUUGUGAAGCGCCAAGUCCUCCCCAGCCUUCCCCACCCCCGAUAUUUCCUGUGUGUGACAUCAUUGCAUAUCCCCCCGCCACCCCAGCACCCUCAGACAUGUCUUGUCUGCUGCCUGGGUGGCACAGAUUCCAUGGAACAUAAACACUGGGCACAAAAUUCUGAACAGCAGCUUCACUUGUUCUUUGGAUGGACUUGAAAGGGCAUUAAAGAUUCCUUAAAAGUAACCGCUAUGAUUCUAAAGUUACAGUAAACCACGAUUGGAAGAAACUGCUUCCAGAGUGCUUUUAAUAUGCUGGGUGACCCACUCCCAGGCCCAAAGUAUGAACUAGAAACAUCCAGUACAGCGUUAGAUACUGUUAAUUACAGAUGGUAUGACAGCCAGCGAAAUUUUGGGCAAAACCUGAGAAAUCUCAUUCCUGACAUUCUGAUCAGUUUUUUUAUUGGGAACUUUUUUGUCACACAGUCGUAAAUUGUUUACAGGAUUUGCUUUCAGCUAUGAAAGGACAGCAAUUCCCGACAGAUCACGGGGGUUUUUUUUGUUUUGUUUUGUUUGUUUUUGGCCUUUGUUUUAACAUAUGGUUCAACUCUUGCUAGGAAGAGUCCAAGAUGGAGGAACGAGGAUGAGGCUUUUUUCAGCGGAAUAAACCACAGUGUAUCUCAAAGUCCAAUGCCAAAGCAACCUCACACAUUUUAUGUAAUGGUGCAAUAUUUUAUAUCACAUUUUUUGAGAAAAAUUACCCUGUUUCCCUAACAUCCCUCUCUGUGUUCUCACACACAGGAGAUUUGCAGUUGAUUUAGGAUGAAGUCUCCUUCCUCCCUCAUACAUCCCUUGCUCUGGUGACAGUAGCUCUGAGCAUAUGUUCCACGGAGGAUUUUCAGUGUCUUUGAAAAGUGCAUAACUUUUCAAAGGCCAUCUUAAUUUGUUCCAAAUCUAUCAAGAACUUAUUCUCUCACUUUUAUUUUUCUGCUUUCCAUCACUUCCUUUCUUCUUGCCUUUCAUCCUUCCUUCCUACAAAAAAAGACGAGGAUUACCCAUAAUCUCCCCAAUUACUCAGGAGCUUUGAGGACUCAGUUUAUUUUCUUGCUUCCCAGGUUAACACAGCUGCUUGGUCUGAUGUGUUCUUUUAGCUGUAAAACCAUUGAGGGCUUAAGCAAUGUUACUGAAUUUUCUAGAUCUUUGAAAUGUGUUAAUGAAGGCAUUGCUUAUUUGAAGUCACCUUGAAUUGAGUUAUCCUUGAAGUUGUGCCUUCAUGUGAAAAAAACAACACGAACUUAACCUUUACACAUGUUGCCUUAGUGUUAAAGGCUAAAAAUAUAGGACAUUUAUUUCUGAGAUUAAAAGCAACUUACUAAAUAUAAGUAGGUUAUCCCCCUACCUCCCCAAAUUCUAUUUCAAUGUAUAACUCAGACACCUAAAGACACUGAUGUAGAAUACCUCGCAGUAUUUAAUAUCUGACAAUGCUUUCAAAAGAGUUGAUGUUUCUUUUUAUAUAUUUUCCUAACUCAAAGGAUAUAUUAAAGCCAUAAGUGAAGAUUGUCAUGCUUUUAUUCAAAAAUCUGAAAGAAACCUUAAUUAAAACAAGGUUUUAGGGAAGGCCAUGAUAUGAAAGAUAUGGGACAAUAUGGUUUUAGUUAAAGAGGACUCCAACCUGUAAAUCAAAGAUGAAAGAUUUCACUCAAGUAGAAUUAUAUAACUCCCUUUUGUUAUACAGUCAGACCAUAUUUUUCAUGCAUUUGGUUUUUUUAGGAUUACCAUUUUAAUUUUAAAGACUUUUAUUACAUAUACAAAAAUGGCUCAAUACUUGGUUUAACAUCUUAGAAAUUUGAGACACCCUUUGAAAUAGGAAAUCUGAAAUGGAAUGUAACUCAGUAUUAGUUAAAAAAUUACUUUCAUUGCAUAAGGGUAAGGUCAAUCUAGAUUCACAAUAGUAAUGAAUUUUUUCCAUGACAUUUUUAGAGAAAUUCAUGCCAAUCAUAUUUCCUAGCUCUUGUUGUUUUUGCCGUAAUUACUUGAGGAGAUUUUACUUAAAGAAACCAAAGGCUUAAAAACAGAAGACAACUCCCACCCUUUAAAAAGGAAAGCUAUAACAUACGGUAAGUGGAAACAUAAUUGUGACUUUUUAAAAUCAACUUCAUAAUUACAAAUCUCUAUUAUUCCUCUCAGUCGUCCCAGAUAGUUUUUAGAUUUUGAAUAAGAAAAUGAAACAGUAUAAUGCAAACAUACUAAUUUACUGAAGUUUCCUGCAGUUAUUUUACCACAUACUUAGGCAUAGCCAUCAAUCUGAUAAAGCCAAAUCAGUAGGACAUCUCCAAGGUUAUUUAGAUUUAAAAUAUGACACAUUAAUGAGUUAAUCACACAUCCUUCCAAGUGAUAUGGUACCCAAUUGGUUGCAGUUAGAGUCUUUAGGAUACAGAGAGAGACAGAUAAACUAUGGAGAGGAUUAAUCACAGCUGAAUGUAGUUGUAAGAACAGAAUGCCAGUGCUUUUUGAUUAUAUCGUUACAAGAUGUAAUGUAGCCCUCAGGGACAGAAUGGAGGCUUUUGGAGAAUAUCAACACUUCUUUUGAAAUAGAACAGUACUUUUUAAAAGGGUAGUUUCACUUGGUAUAGUUUUCUUCACUUAUACAUUUAAUUUUUAUUGCUCACAAUAGUUCCGUGUAAGAGCCUAUAAGAAAAACUCCUCUUUAGGCAUUACCAAUAAUAUAUCUCUUUCUGAUCCAUGCUUUGAAGGAUAAUCACAUAGGCUUUCUCACAAUCUCAUAAUAACUCAUAUAUGAGGAAUAAAAAUAAAGGUUUUUGAGAAAUCUAUUACUAAACAAUGCCAGGACUUUAAUAAGAUUUGAUAAUAAGUCCAAAAAGAAAACGUAAGAAAAUUUUCUCAAUUAUAUAGUACAAUCUGGGGUUGUAUAUUAAAUUGAAAACCAGACAGUUUUAUUAAAUAAUAAGUAAAAUGGACCUCAAAUGGUAAUAGAGGCUAUUUAAUCAUUGCUUAGUAAAUGAGAACAUUUUGAGAUGAAACAUUUUAAAAUAUUUUAACAAAUUUACACCACCAAUAGUGGAGAUAGAAGUCAGCUUUUGGAGAAAACAGAGAUACUUAUGAAAAACUAUUGUAAAUCGCAUUUCCAUUAUCAAUUGUAGGAACUGAAAUCUUGCCUUCAGUUUUGACUAUAACCCUUUGCAAAAUUCUCCCACACCUCUCACUGGCAACAUGGUAGAUUUAAAAGCAGGACAACAUCUCCUCACAGGAACAUUUCAGAAACUAUAGGGCUGGUCUUGCCCAACAAUUCAGUACUGUCCUAUUUCCAAAGGUCAUUCUCAAAGCUUUGUGGAUUUACUAGGUUUCUUUACAAAUUCCAUAUGGAAGUGAAAUAAAAUGAUCAGUGGAAGUUCUCCUGGGAGAAAAUUUCUCUCCAAUCAGCACUUUUAUACUUAUUUUUUGUCCUAGCAUUUACGUUUAAGACAAUUUAUUUAAAUAUUUUUUACUGUCGAUCUUUAGAAAGUUUACUCUCACUUUGUCUCAGUGGAAGUAUUAAAUGCCUAAUAACCACAAAAACAAACAAGCCAAAGGUUUCUGUCUUAAAAGUGAUUCAUUCUGAGCUUGAAAUAAUCACUCUGUCAAGAGUUGGACAUUGUCACUUCUAGCAGCAUCUAUCUUAACAUUCUUUUCCUGCUUCAGGAAUGCAAUCACUUGACUUAGAAAAGAGAAGAAAAAAAAAAAAAAGAAAAGAAGAUGUAGGAAACAACACACCUGUUCAACCAUUCCAUAAAGAGGGCAUUUUCACCUCCAAAAGAAAUGAAAACCAGAUGAUGUAUGCUAAGAAAUGAAGGCAUUUUAUUGUUGUCUUCCAAACUGAUCAUCAGUAUGGUCAUGAUGAUCAUCAAAUGUGUCUUGUGUUCACAAAGGACACAAGUAUAUUUUGGUCUCCAGCAGUAUUUUGUACUAUUCACUGCCUUUUUAAUGAAGUAUCGUAAGUAUUACAUCAUCUUCAUCAACACCCUCACUAAAAUAUGUAGGUGCCUAUGUGUGGCUUCUUUCCUGGUCAUAUUUACAUUGAAAAUCAUAGCCCUUGCCUCCUACCAACUUGCUUUUACUCCAUCAAUGCUUCAUGAAGCACAGCAUGAUUGUCAUGUGACCAGAGUAUAAAUUUUUUAGAUGAACACGGUAUACUCA